CAUCAUGCCAUGCUCUUAGUAGUAUGACGUCUUCAGCAGUAACAACAGUAAGAGUUGGGUACAUUGGAUUUUAUGUUUGCUGUGAAACAACAAACUGCAAUUGUGUUUCAUGUAUUGAAGGAAUGGCGUGCACUCUUGAAAAAGUUUUGGCAGAUGCCAAAUCGCUCGUGGAGCGUCUUCGUGACCAUGACAAUGCAGCUGAAGUAUUAAUUGAACAGACAACGUCUCUUAACAAACGAGUGGAGGCCAUGAAACAGUAUCAGGAAGAGAUUGAAGCCCUUAACCUUGUGGCCAGGCAUCGUCCUCGCUCCACUCUAGUAAUGGGAAUUCAACAGGAAAACCGGCAGAUCAGAGAACUGCAGCAAGAAAACAAAGAGUUAAGGACAUCCCUCGAAGAGCACCAGUCGGCUCUGGAGCUAAUAAUGAGUAAAUAUAGAGAGCAGGUGUUCAGGCUGCUAAUGGCCAGCAAGAAAGACGACCCUGCUAUCGUAACCCAGCUCAAAGAGCAGCACACCAGCGAAAUGCAGGCUCACUUAGACAAGAUUAAUGAAAUGGCCAGUGUGAUGCGGAAGGCCAUCGAGGUUGAUGAGGGAAAACUGUGUGAAGAUGAGGAGAGGAUUAAACAGCUGGAGAUGGAGAACAAGGGCCUGCGCGAGCUGCUGGGCAUCAGCCGUGAGGCCUUCCAGGUACUGAAGAGGGACGAGGCAUUGGACAGCACGUCGCUCUCGCCCCUGGUCACCAGCGCCGACCUUAGCAUGAGGAAGAGCUAAGGUCACCAGAGGCACUGGAGGUCCGGGACCACUGGGGCAUUCCAACUUACUGAGACACUUUACCAGGGGUGGCGUUGUGCUUCCUCACGGUCUCCUGACCACGGCCGUGAACUGGGAGACUGCCCACCCUUACACACAAAGCCCUUCCACAUCAACUUCACAAUGCCAUGACACAAGGCCAAACUCACAGUCACAAAUACGUCAUCCAUCCCUGUGCACAUUUCAAUACCUCUCCUGCCUCACGUUCCUCUUCCUGUUGUAGUAGGAGGAGUUGCUGAAGAGCUGAAUUCCAAACUGCCUUUUGUAUGUUGCGGAGAGGGAGGACAGUUUCAGGCUGAAUCAGGGUGGGGUGUUGAUCCCAAAGAUCGUGUUCAGUAGAAUGUGACGAGCAUGAAACAGGAUAUCAAUCACAUAUCCCUUGCACAAGUGUCAAGCCUUAUAAAUGUACUUUGCAAGGCUGUUUUGGGGCCUAGUUUGCAGAUACCAUAUGUCUCAGCAUGGACAUAAUCCCCUCCUCCAUUACAAUCUUCUAUGGAGCGAACGAUAAGUAAAGUGGACAGGUUGCUUUGUGAGUCAUCAAUUUCUCCUACUGUCUGCAUGUGUGCUGUAUUUGAGUUGACAUAGCUGUCACUGAACAAAUGCACAACAGACACCAAAGGGGAAGGUAUUGCAAUCACAACACGUCUUCUCAGUGACUUGCUUUUUGGCUAGCUUGAUUUGUUUGUGGUGAAAUGUAUGAGUAUGUGAAUGAGUGGAUUUUGGUUUUGAUUUGUCAAUAAAGCCUUCUAGGAUAAUGUUACCACAAA